AUGUCUCUGGCACAGGUCAAGCACAUUGUUCUGGUGCUUUCGGGCAAGGGUGGUGUUGGGAAAUCAUCAGUCACGACCCAGCUAGCAUUAUCGCUGUCGCUGGCUGGUCACUCGGUCGGUGUCCUUGACGUUGACCUGACGGGACCUUCCAUGCCGCGCAUGUUCAAUAUCGAGGACGCAAAGGUUACACAAGCUCCGGGGGGCUGGCUGCCGGUGCCGGUCCAUGAAUCGAACCCGGACGCGGGGGUGGGAGAACUGAGAUGUAUGAGCCUGGGCUUUCUCCUCCGUGGGCGUGGCGAUGCUGUGGUUUGGCGCGGCCCCAAGAAGACAGCCAUGGUCCGGCAGUUCUUGUCCGAUGUCCUGUGGGGCGACGUUGACUACCUGCUCAUUGACACGCCCCCAGGCACCUCUGAUGAACACAUAUCGCUCGCAGAAACCCUGCUCAAGGAUGCAAAGCCCGGUCAAGUGGCGGGUGCGGUCGUCGUGACUACGCCCCAAGCUGUGGCCACGGCAGACGUGAGAAAAGAGCUGAAUUUCUGUUCCAAGACGGGCAUUCCUGUCAUUGGUGUCGUUGAGAAUAUGGCCGGAUUCGUGUGCCCCAACUGCGCCGAAUGUACCAACAUUUUCAGCAAAGGAGGUGGACAGGUCAUGGCGCAGGAGUUUAGUGUUCGGUUUCUAGACGCCGUGCCUAUUGAUCCUCAGUUUGUCAUGCUGAUCGAGACCGGGACCACUCCUACUUAUCCGCAGGGCACUUUGAUUAAUGGCCAAGACUUCUCGCACGGCUCUGGGCAGCAUGCCGACGGACCUGCUACAAAGGAUGCUUCCUUGCUGGCUGAGAAAUAUCGCAACUGCUCAUUGGAGCCUAUCUUUCGGAAGAUCACCCGUGACAUGAUCACGGCGAUUGGCUGA